AAAAAUUAUAACAAACCCCGCCUUUCACGGGUGCAUGGAAGUCCUUAUCAAACACACUUCCGUAUUCUGACCAAACAAAAGGUGGCUUUUAAGGCCGUUUGUGUCAUGUUGGUCAUUAAGCAAACUUUUCUCAUAAUGAAAAAAGCAACGUGUGAAUAUUGAAUUAAACUUAUUACUUCUUUUUCUUUCUGCGGCAUCAGAUUUUAGCUAUCUGGUCAUCGUACGUAUUUGUAUCUUCGUCCAAAUUUAGCUCCACCUUAACAAAAUCGAUGUCAGGUUUUAUGCUUUUUUUCAUUGACGUCAAUACAUGCAGCACAAAACAGAAGCUCCCUUCAUUAUUCCUUUGCUGUAGUCAGAAUAUGAACAAGCAGUCUGCCGAUGGUGCCGAUUUUAAGACGCUCUGAAUGAGACAGCUUUUGAUUUCUUUUCUAUCAUUUCGAGGAGAACACAGUGUCCAAGGAUAACCGCAACAGAGCCAGCCGUUGCCCAGUGUGGGGGCCGGACACAAGCCCGCGACCGCAACAUCAGGCAUCAUGAAUGAGGGCGGCAUGCAGCUACUCAACCGCGAUGGUCACAGCAUCUCACACAACUCCAAGCGCCACUACCACGAUUCUUUUGUCUCCAUGAACAGGAUGCGACAGCGCGGCCUGUUGUGUGACAUUGUGCUUCAUGUCUCCAACAAAGAAAUCAAGGCUCACAAAGUGGUGCUGGCCUCCUGCAGCCCCUACUUUCAUGCUAUGUUUACUAAUGAGAUGUCUGAGAGUCGGCAGACCCACGUGACCCUGCACGACAUUGACCCUCAGGCUUUGGAGCAGUUGGUCCAAUACGCCUACACAGCAGAGAUUGUAGUUGGGGAAGGUAAUGUGCAGACAUUGCUUCCAGCAGCGAGUUUACUGCAGCUCAAUGGUGUGAGGGAUGCAUGUUGCAAGUUCCUCCUCAGUCAGCUGGACCCUUCCAACUGCCUGGGCAUUCGGGGCUUUGCAGACACACACUCCUGCAGCGAUCUGCUCAAGUCGGCACACAAGUAUGUGCUGCAGCACUUUGUGGAGGUUUCCAAGACGGAGGAGUUCAUGCUGCUGCCACUGAAACAGGUCCUAGACUUGAUCUCCAGUGAUAAUCUGAACGUGCCGUCUGAAGAGGAAGUGUACCGAGCUGUGUUGAGCUGGGUGAAACAUGACAUAGAUGGACGCAGACAACAUGUACCUUGGCUGAUGAAGUGCGUCCGGCUGCCGCUGCUGAGGCGAGACUUUCUGAUGAGCAAUGUUGAUACAGAGCUGCUGGUUCGUCACCACUCCGAGUGCAAGGAUCUGCUGAUUGAGGCCCUCAAGUACCACCUUAUGCCUGAGCAGAGGGGAGUCCUGAGCAACAGCCGCACGCGCCCACGACGCUGUGAGGGUGCCAGCCCUGUGCUCUUUGCCGUUGGUCAGUGUGCCCCUGAAGGCGGUGGAAGCCUGUUUGCCAUCCAUGGGGACUGUGAGGCGUACGACACCCGGACAGAUCGCUGGCACAUGGUAGCAUCCAUGUCUACAAGGCGCGCUAGGGUUGGCGUGGCGGCCAUUGGAAACAGACUCUAUGCUGUUGGAGGAUACGAUGGCACUUCUGACCUUGCAACCGUGGAGUCUUAUGAUCCUAUCACUAAUGCCUGGCAACCAGAGGUUUCCAUGGGAACAAGACGGAGCUGUUUGGGUGUAGCUGUUCUGCAUGGGCUGCUGUAUGCUGCUGGAGGUUAUGAUGGUGCUUCCUGCCUCAACAGUGCGGAGCGUUACGACCCUCUGACCAGCACGUGGACAUCCAUUGCUGCCAUGAGCACCCGAAGGCGAUAUGUACGAGUAGCAACUCUAGAUGGCAGCUUGUACGCGGUGGGAGGUUAUGACAGCUCCUCACACCUGGCAACCGUAGAGAAAUAUGACCCUCAGAGUAACACGUGGACAGCCAUUGCCAACAUGCUGAGCCGACGCAGCAGCGCGGGGGUAGCAGUACUGGACGGCAUGCUGUAUGUUGCAGGAGGUAAUGAUGGCACCAGCUGUCUGAACUCAGUGGAGCGAUUCAACCCAAAGACCAACACCUGGGAAGGAGUCGCCCCCAUGAACAUACGCAGGAGCACUCAUGAUUUGGUGGCUAUGGAUGGGUGGUUGUAUGCUGUGGGAGGCAACGAUGGCAGCUCCAGUCUUAACUCCAUUGAAAAGUACAGCCCACGCAGCAACAAAUGGGUGGCGGCCUCCUGCAUGUUCACACGGCGCAGCAGCGUGGGCGUAGCGGUGCUGGAGCUCCUGAACUUCCCACCACCUUCCUCACCCACCCUCUCGGUUUCCUCCACCAGCCUUUGACACGGGGUCACCGUUUACCUGAGCUCAGCCUCUGCUGCUACAGCCCAGACCAGCUCUGGGAAGAGGCGCAACUGCUCGGUUUGAGGUGUGGAGGAGGACGAACCCCGCGGAGUAGGCAGGUAAAUGUACAGAAGGGAGGGAAACGGGAAGGCUGAGAGUGGCCUCGAUAGUGCACUUCAGAGUUAGGAAUAAAAAAAACAUUGCUGGAUCUGAGUGUUUUUUAAAAGUUUAUUUAAAUAUUUUAAGAUCUUCAUUUGCAGAUUUACUGUUUUAUCGUAUUUUAUUUUAUCAGCUAACCGGGAAGACGAUUCUUUAAAAAUUCACUAGAAGAAGAAAUAAAUAAAUUACCUUCACAAACGAUCAUAAAGUUAUAAAAUCAACAAACUAAAAGUCAGUUAUUUGCACAACAUUUAUUUAAAGAGUUAUCUUUUGGUCUCAUUCUGGUUAAUUCUGAACUGAACUGGUUCUGGUCCAGAUGGGUCCACUGUACACCAACUUCCAUUCCCUUCUAUACUUGCUUAUGGAAAUAGUUCUGUGAACAUUUUGUGCCCACCACGAUAAGUGUUUGACACACACGUGGUGAACUGUUGCAGGCAUCGGGUAAUUCUGUAAUGUGUUGUAAUUGUUUUUGGUCAGAUGUUGUAGUUCUCUGCAAGGCUUUACUUUAUAAUCAGGUGUUUAUUUUUUGCAAUAAUUUGUUUAAAAGAACAAAACCAUGAAUGAUUUAAUGUUUGGAGUGUAGAGUUUUAGUGACUUUCCCAUGCAUGUUUACACAUCAGCGCUGGCUCCCUAAACAAGACGAGACAUGUUGUAGUGCUGCUAUGCUGCAGUAGGUGGCAGUAGCGAUUCACGCUCCUCACAGCAGAAAAGCAUGGACACCAACGAGAUGAGCUCUUAGAGCUGUACAUAAGUUAAGCUUUUUAUAUGAAACAAAGAAUUAAGAUCUAUAUGUAUUUAUAAAAUCUAAUAUAUUCUGUUUUAAAGAUGCUUAUUGAAAAGAACAGAAUCCCAGCAAUGCCUAUUUAAGAGUGUUUUGAUAUAUUUAUUUAGAAGCGUGGCGUGCAUCUCGUUAGUGGAAAGGACAAAAAGAAUGUUUUAGCUUGUGAGACAUUUGUGUGCAUUUGGAGUUUAGGAAGACUGCAUGCUGCAUAGUUAUAUGCAGCAUUUCAUUUGCAUUUCUCAUUGUUUCUUCACUGCCGUGAGCAUGAUCACAUGACACUGUACCUAAAAGUAGGUCUUGUAUCUGUAAAAAAAACCUCUUUAGUCACCUGUAAACCUGUUGGCCAUUCAAUGAAAAAAAACUGUCUUAAAACUUUCAUCAAAAUUAUGGUCAGAAAUAAAAUGAAAUCCAUGUAAUGUUUUUGAAGGAUGGCUGCAGAAGUAGUUUCAUUUCAAAUAACUAACCCCCGAUACUAACGAGUUGUAUAACCGACCCUGGGCCAUGCCAUACUGCUCAGGUUUUUUCACAUUAUUGAAAAGCUAAGAUGACCUAUAGCUCGUGUAAUUAACCGUAGUUAUAAUGGCAUUCUGUGAUUCGACGAAGUCGCCAGUGAACUUGCUUUGUCUAAAAUAAACCAUCAUUUUGGAUCAUUUGAUCCAGUUAAGUCCGUAUUGUGAGUUCAGUUCAUGUGUAGUGCAGUGAUACCAUUCCAAACUUCUAAGAAGUUGUGUUUUUUCCCUUAUUUUGAAGGAUUUUUUUUAAAAAUGAAACUACCUUAUGUUACAUUUAUGUGCAAAGAGGGGUGUGUCUGAUGGCCUUAUAGAAAAUCUAAUAUUCUGUAAAGUUAAGUGGGUGAGGGAUAGAUUUUACGGCAAAGAUGCACAAGUUCAUGCAACAGAAUGAAUUGUACAUAUAGCUCAGUUUUGCUUAAUUUAAUUUGUGCAAUUUUGAUGUGGUUGUUGUAGCCAUUUUCAGUUUGUGGUUGAUGUUGUGAUAUGUGUUUAUUUAUGUUUAUUUACAGCAGAUGUGAAAUGUUGAAUUUUGCACUAUUGCAGAAUGGAGCAAUACCUUCCACUUUAAAAUGAAAUAAAGAUGUUUUCAGGUGUGA